GAAGCAGGGGAAGCCGAAGGAGGGACUCAUAUCGCUGGAGGAGAAGUUCAUCAUCGAGGACAACCAAUGGCCUCUAGAGUCUAGAGGAAUCCGAGGAGGGCAGGAACUUCAGGACAUGGAUGGAGGUCUACCACGAGAAGAUGACCGAGGCUUCGCGGGAGCUGCUGAGCCUGAUUGCGGAAGGUUACGGAGCACCCAGCGACUUCUACGCCGACAUCUUCAGGGAUCCGCAUCUCUCCACGCUCCGGCUCAUCCGCUACCCGGCCAGACCCAACCCGACAUAUGAAGCCCGUGACGGUGACGCGGUGAUCCAGACGGCCGAACACCAGGACACCACGAUGGUCGCGCUGCUGGCCACCUUUGCCGAGUACCCGGGGCUGCAGGUUCGCUGGUGGAAGGACGACUCCAUCAUCGAUGUGACGCACAAACCCGGCCACCUCGUCAUGGACAUCGGCCAGCUGCUCUCCUACACCAGCGGCGGGGCUCUCAAGGCUACCAAACACCGCGUGAUCGACUGCUGUGGUGAUAGGCUGUCCGUCCCAUUCUUCCUGGAGCCACGGUUCCACGCCAACGUGAACGUGGUCCUGCCGGGGUGCGAGCAGAGGGAGAGUCAGCCCAAGUACUACGGCCACUGGCUCUUGGAGGGGAUCAGAAAGUGGGCCGAAUACAAGGAUCUCUGCAGGCGAAUCGAAACACAGACCGCGAAGACACUGUAUGAGGGAGAAGAAGAUGAGGAUGAAGUGAUGAUGUGGAAGAAAUAG